UCAGAUUUUGACAGUGACGUGUUUGUGGUUACAACAUUGCGUUUUGUUUGUUUUGCUUUUUUGCCUUUUGCAGUUGGAGAUUUCGAUUUACUACAGCAACUAUAAUCCGUCUCUGGCUUAUUAUUACACGCAUGCGUAUUGCGGUCACGCCAGACCAAACUAUACAUUUGACAUUUGCGCUGAUUAGCGUGCGAAUCGCGAGUUUCUGUAAUCCGUUGUAGAAAGUCGCGCAGUUUGUGUCGCCUGGUUCGCGAUUGUAGUGAUGGCAGGGGAGUCUCAAACGCUCGUUCUAAUUGAAAGCGAAACCGAAACUCGCUCUGUACACCACCGUCGGCUAUUUUCUCAAUAAACUCUCUUACCGAGGAAUGGAUUUUAUUCACUUGUGUACAGUGCGGUGACAUUUGUGUAUACAAACACCAGUCAUGUCUUCUCAUGUCAUUCCGCAGGUAAAUCCAGAUUUCUUAUAAUCGUGCGACUUUUAGACCCUAAGGCUGUCGACGUAAUUUAAAGCACCCCUCGUACUUUGCAUGUAGGAUAUUGACCUCUCAAUCAAAAUAUCCUGCACCUCAUUCAAAUCCACAUGUUUUGGAGAGUCCAUGAAUCAUUUGUAUUGGAAAGCUGUUCAGCUAGAUAACCGACUUCAGUAUGCAACGGUGGUUCUUUCUGGAGGACCCAGCUAAUGCCGGCAUCCGGGCUGGCAAAGCCGACGCCAGCCUCGCCUCCGUUUCGGUCUCCUCCCUGAACCUCCCACCCAGACAGUGGUUGUUCCGCACCAGAGUACCUGAACUGCAUAAAGACGAAGUGGUGUGUGUGACAGGGGAUCUUUUGGAGUUGGGCUCAUGGCAGCCAGAAAGGUGCGUGCCUCUAGAACGGGAAAACGAGGACUCUGACGUCUGGUCCAAGGUCAUCGAGAUACCUGAAGGAAAGAAGGCACUGUACAGGUAUUGCGUCUGCAUCAUCAUCGACCCGGGUCUCCAAGUAAUCGUGCGUAGUUGGGAAACCAACCUCGUUCCCAGGAUGAUCGAUGCUUCCGAUGUCAAAUCGCCCACGAUGGAAGAUGAGCCAUACGAGUACGGCCACUACGACAACCAAGAACGAGUGGACAGGGGCUGGUUGAAUAAGGAGACCGUCAUUCAACUGAAGCUGUGCAAUAAUCCGUUGGUGCUGUUCAGGCCCAAGUACCAGAAUCGGACGAUCAACAUCAAAGUGACACCUGUGAACCUGAACAGGCACAACAGCGCUUUCCCGAAAAGCAUGUCCGAGGCUCUGGACGAAUCUCUGAGCGCCGACACACAGGACGCAGUGGAAACACCAAAGCACGCCUUCACCGAAGUGGCCAGCCUGAGCAGUGAAGAUCCCACGUUCAAACCGCAAGCGCAGUUCGGACAUGAACUCACCAAAGAGGACAUGUUGAUAUUCCAGUCUACUGUGUUGUUCCCAGCCAAUAUAGCGUUCCUCAUCGAUCUCUAUAUUUACAGUUCAAGGUGCGGAGACGGGGAACCUCCGUACCACGCCGGUUUCAGCUAUCUCUUGCCCAGCGUAUUACAAAAUUCCGAGGGCAACGUCGUCUUGCCCGUAACAAGUACAAAACACAGGCCCUUAGGCCAGCUCCGCAUAGAUUACAUCGUAAUCGGCCCUCUUCCCAACUUCAAAUGCGACACGAGCAUCUCGUACGCGAGACACUGGAAGAAAACGCGACAAGGGCUGGACGUCGGCCAUCGCGGCUCUGGUUCCAGCUUCAAGAACAAGGUGCAGAAUUGCGCCGAGGUGCGAGAAAACACGAUUGCUAGUCUGAAAAACGCUAUAGAUCACGGCGCGGACUUUGUCGAGUUCGACGUGCAGCUGAGCAAGGACUUGGUGCCGAUCAUCUACCACGAUUUCCACGUGUGUAUUUCCAUGAAAAAGAAGAAGGAGCUGCAGGACACUGAUAUGCUGGAGAUUCCGUUAAAGGAGUUGACUUUGGACCAGCUGAGGCUGCUUAAGGUGUAUCAUCUUAGUGAAGCCAAAUCCAAAAACCAAAGAUUCUUCGAUGAAGAUAUGGAAGACCACCAACCUUUCCCAACGUUACAACAAGCUCUGGAAAGUCUGGAUACUCACACCGGGUUCAACAUCGAAAUCAAAUGGACGAUGCAACUUCAAGAUGGUAAGUUUGAUAACGAACUGUAUCAUCCGACAGACAUGAACUUGUACCUGGAUACAAUUUUGGACGUGGUGCUAAGGUAUGGAGGUGAAAGACGUAUCAUCUUCAGCUGUUUUAAUCCGGACAUUUGUGAGGUGAUUCGAGUAAAGCAAAACAAGUAUCCUGUGAUGUUCCUAACAGUCGGAGAGAGUGAGACUUAUCCCAGGUACAGAGAUCCCAGGUGCUGGUCCAUCUGGUCUGCGGCGCAGUAUGCCAAAAUGAUCGAAAUAUUGGGAAUCAAUGUCCAUACCGAGGACUUGCUAAGAGAUCCUUCUUUGGUGAAGCUGGGCUUAAACGCCGGGCUGAUAGUCUUCUGCUGGGGCGACGAGAACGCCGACCCAGCUACCAUCCGUUUCCUCAAACAGCUCGGCUUGCACGGUGUCAUUUACGACAAAAUCCACGAAUACUCCAGCAAGGAGGUAAAGGAGAGCAUCUUCAUGGUGGAGGCCCGCGGGUCUCAGAAAGAGCUCAUCCAAUUGGCCGCGGCCACAUCGGAAACGCCUCAGUCUCCCCCUGCGCAGCCGAUCAUCAAAGAACGGGGGCUAGAUUACGAGGCUGCCAAGGACCAACUGCCCGGCGUUAUGUCCACCGCCACUUCGUUGGAAAGUUUGGAAAGUCAGCUUUGCGACUAUCAAAAGAAGCAGCAGAAUGCGAUGCAGUAAAAACGAACGUUGAUGUUUUUUGUCUAUUUUUUUAACGGCACUACGUUUAGAGCUUGGAGGGUGUAGCAGAUGUACUGGGUCUAUUUUUUAAUACACACGCCUUCAUUCAGUAGGAGAUAAGUUGAUGUUAAAAUGCUGUCAAAUAUUUUACAACAAAAUUUCUAAAGUCAUAGAAUAUUUGGCAUUUGACACGUUGGACUAAAUAUGCACCUUCUGUCCAUAUAGUUCGUUUCCGACCCUAUGAAUCUAACCAAAUUCUGCGGAAUUAAGAAUUUUUGAAUCAAUAUUUUUGACGAAAAAAUCAGAUAUUUUUUUCUACCUGUCAAAUCCAUUCAGUGACUCAAUCCUUAUCGACUGAGACUAUCGAAGGUGAUUUAAUACAGGAAAUUUCUAGUUCUACAGAACUUGGGCUGAGUUAAGGAAGAUCGUGUGAGAUGCAGAAAGCGUUCUUUUCAUUAAGUUGCCUUUUUUCAAUGUUGAUAGUAUCGAAUUUUGACACUACAGUGUUUGACACCAUUUUUGAAUGAGCUGAUAUUUGCAUAUCUUCAGCUUCAAUGAAAAUAAUGGUAAAACGAACUGGAUUAAAAGCGUGCUGCUUGAUAACUCAUGUUAAAAUGAUAAAAUUAUAUGCUAGAGAAAUAUUUUGAAAUUGAUGUUUCCAGGCUUGCCUUCGUGUUACAUUUUACAGGAUGCUGAAAAACAGUUUAAAACUUGUUAGUAAUCGGACUGAUAGAAAUGAUAAACCUACAUCGUCUAUGCAUCAACAACAGUGCUCAAGAGAAUAAAUGAUUAAACAAAAAAACUGUAACCUGUAACAAAGUUCAAAUAGUAGCAAAACUCUACCUCCUGACUAUAUUCGUAACUAAAAUAGUAUAUUUUACUUGAAUUGGUCAAUAGAGGAUAGCUUAAGUGCCGGUCAAAAGUUUGAGACCACUAUAAAAAAAAAUAAGAAAACAAAUAAAAGUACUACAUAUUUAAAACUAUGAAAAACAGUUUUUAUUUCCAUGUUACACACAAGAUUUAAAAUGAAAAAAGUACAUGAAGUCUUGACGAAUACAAUGUUCUAAAGAAAACACACACAAAAGAGUUUAUUCACAUUUUUCAUCAAAAUAUCCUCUUUUGCAUUUUAUGACCUGUGUUACCAAUCGUGGCGUGCGAGAUCUCUUGCGAGAUAUUACUCCAGCUUCCUUCUAAUGCAUUCCACAUAGCCUGCUGUGAAGAAGGACAUUGUUCCCGAACGUUUCGGUCAAGCUCUUCCCACAAAAGCUCUAUAGGGUUAAGAUCAGGACUUUGGGGUGGCCAUGUCAUGUUUUCCAACACUUUCUCCGACUGUUUCCCGUCUAAAUAGCCUAUACAUAAUUUUGCACUGUGCUUUGGAUCAUUAUCCUGUAGGAAAGUAAAUCCUUUGCCGAUUAACUUGCGUCCGGAGGGAAUAGCAUUUUUCUCCAAAAUUACUUUAUGCUGCCGCUUUUUCAUAAUUUGGAUCAGCCUGAAAAACAACCCCAGGCCAUAACAGAUCCGCCUCCAUGCGUAACAGUCAGGACUACACACUAUGGGCGGAACGUCGAACCGAAAAUUUCAAAUUUAGAUUCGUCACUCCAAAGUACUUUUUCGAAAUCGUCUUCGGUGCAGUCUCGAUGGACUAGGGAUUAUUGCAACCUUUUUUUGUUAUUCUGCGGUUUGAGAAGAGGUUUUCGAACAUCAACGCGACCAAACAACUUGGCGUCUCGUCUUUGCACAUUAGACAAUGACAUAGAUUUUUUCGAGAUUUGUUGACGAAUUUCUGAGGCUAUUAGGCGUCUAUUUCGCUUGCUGGUUACCACAAUAAAUUUGUCUUCACUACGAGUCGUAGCUUUUGGUCUCCCGGAGUGCGGACGAUCUUGAUGACUGCCAGUUUGUUUGUACCAUAGUGUGAUGAACACAAGCCUUCGAUAACUUUUUCCAUUUUAGAGAAUAACUGCAAGAAUCACAAAAGCAGACUAACUGUGGAUAUUCGUAGAUAACCAUGAAAAAUCGGGCUAAAAUAAACAUUAACCCUUUCGCAAGUAGCAUGUUGAUGUAGGGAUACGAGACUGCGUAACAUUAGUGUCAAAAGAAUAAGCUUUUAGGCAAUCUUUAUAAACACACCUGCAUAUUACUUUUUAUCACCAAUAUUUUGAAAAUAUUUACUAAUAAAAGUUUUUUAUUAGUUGUCUCAAACUUUUGACCGGCAAUGUAGCUAAUAUGUACAAAAAUUGCUGUAUUUUUCAUUGUUGGAAUCAUGCGAGAAUUUUCAACGUUAGACUCUAUUUUGCUUCCGCUAAGCACCUUGUUAUCAAAAUUGUAUUUUACUUUGCAAGCAUGGAAGAAAAAUUUCUUUUUCUUUUUGUACUAAAUGGUAUAAAGUCAUACCCUGGACUCGCACGGUGGUAUCGUGGUAAGUGCCAAUGAGACGGCGUGAUGCAACUAUGAAGCGAUUGGAGACACUUUACAAAUUCGGUUAGUUAGGGCAUCAGCAGCUUGAAAGUGGCGUUGGCAGGAUUGAAUUCUCGAUCCUGAAAUUUGUUUGGCAGCUGGUGGAGAUGCGGGUACGAAUCCCGCUGGCGCCCAUUUUCCCUUUCAAGUUGUCUGCUGAAAUAAAUCCUAGUGCAUCUGUUACGUCUUCAAGCUCAUUGCCUCUAAAAUUUGCUACAAAAGUGCGCAAGACUCGUGAUUAUACUUCGAGUGCCGUUUUUUUUUAUUUCAGUGGUUUCUAAAAUUUCGGUUAGUACAGAUUGACCGAUUCGGUGGAUUAACGUACGGGUACGGGUUAUUAAAUCAAUUUCUACAGUUUACAUGUUUAUUUUAUAAUUUUUCAAAUAUACUACAAUGUUGUAUUAUAUGGAUAAUUUUAAAGCUAUUUGAGGACACAGCAGGUUGAUUCUUGAUUUGAUCUGAAUACACAAAUAAGGGUGGUCAAAAAUUAAAUUAUAUGGUCCAAGGAAAAACAUAACAUCCUGAGUAUACAAAAAGCUCGGGUUGUGAGAGCCAGCAGCUUUUUGUAAAACAAAUAUUAUUGGUAGACGGUAAGUGAAUGUUCGAGCGUUUUUUUAAGAUUUCAAAUUUCAUCACAGAUUCUUCUGAUUCAGUAAUUACAUUCUGAGCAACCUUUUUUUAAAACACUGUUAACUAAACGUGUUUUUUGGUCCAAUUGGAGAGUUGGCAACAUUUGAUGAAUUUUUGAUCAGAUUGAUACUCAACUUGUUCAUUCCUCCAUCACUCAAAUACCAGUGUAUAUUUUCCACACAUAUUGAAAAUUCACAAGGUAUGAAGAAUGCAGUUCAAGUGUACAAAAGGUCUGUCAAAAAUCGAAUUUGUGUGACUUUUUUGUACUGUAGUAUAGAUUUCCCAAUCACAAUCUGAUGAACAAAAGGUUGAACAUUUUAAUGACUGUGAUAUUGUCAUGUUAUUUCACUGGGGAUUCAAGAAAUCAGUUUCACACAAAUUCUAAUUUUGAGUAUCCAGAAUUGAUUUUCGGAUAUGUACCGGAAUUCUAAGGACCUAAAUCAGUGGUUCUACCUUUUUUUUCUCAUAUACCUCUUUAGAAGUUUUACUGGUUUCAUUCCUACCAUAUUCCAAAACCUCGUCAAGAAGUGCAUAAACUGUUAUCGAUACAAAUGUUCGUAGUGGUAAAAAGUAUAAGGAAUAAAAUUAAACGUUAAUAAUCUAAAACGUAACUUGCAAACCAACAACGCAAAAAUUGUAUAAUAAAGUGUUAAUGGGAGAGAUACACUUGAUGCUUCAACGGCAAUAUUUGGAUUAAGUUUUUUAAGGAAUAAGCGUAAAUCUUCCAGGCCUGAAAUAUACAAACUGCUCCUUUUUUCUGUUAUGUCCGUUCGUACCGCCUUGCUUAAAUUGAAGCUUAAUCUAAGGUGGACUUUAUCCCACAACUGUGCAC